AUGUCGAUGCCAGGUCCUAGCAAUCAAGGUGCCUGUAAGGCCCCGCUUCACCACUCAUCCGCCAAGUCGCAACGAGUCCUAGCCUGCAUCCUUUGUCAACAGCGCAAGGUGAAAUGUGAUCGCAAGUUCCCUUGCGCUAAUUGUAUUAAGCAUCAAAUGCAAUGCGUACCAUCCACGCAGACACGUCCGCGAAGACGGCGAUUCCCCGAGCGUCAACUGCUAGAUCGCCUUCGGAGCUAUGAGGAUCUGCUCCGUGAGAACAAGAUCAAGUUUGAGCCACUUCACAAAGACUCUACCUCAAGCGCAAGAAGCGAGGACUUUCAAGAGGAAACUGAAGAUUCGGGCGCUGAACAGCCAGAAUCCGAGAGGGCCGAUGGGUCAUUUGCAGCUGGCCCUUCGAAACCAAAAAGCGAGCUUGAAGCCAAGAACAUAUGGCAUGCUAUGAGUCAAGGCUUCCGAGGUGUGAACAACGACGGCGAUUUGAAUGAUGGUGUUCGGGAGGUCAUGGUCGGCAAGACCUGGGAUAAUCUCUUCGAUAAUGACGAUCACCUUCUUUUUGGCUCGCGACAGGGAGCUGUUGAAUUAUCAACGUUCCAUCCGGAGACGGUACAUAUAUUCCGGCUCUGGCAAGUCUAUCUCGACAAUGUCAACCCACUGCUAAGAGUUACCCAUACUCCAACGUUCCAGGGUCGCAUCAUUGAAGCUGCGAGUGAUCCGGCCAAUAUCACUCCCGCCCUUGAAGCUUUGAUGUUUAGCAUCUACAGCAUGGCUGUAUCAAGUCUUGGCGAGGAAUGUGAAGCAUUGUUUGGGAUGCCAAAGGCCGAUCUUCUUAGGAAGUUUCAGUUUGGCUGUCAGCAAGCUCUGUUGAAUUGUGGCUUCUUACGGUCCGCCGAUCGCGAUUGUCUAACCGCACUAUACCUCUAUCUGGUUUCGGUACAGCCUAGCACGGACCCUCGCUCUCUGUCAUCUAUGCUCGGAAUCGCGUGUCGCAUUGCCCAACGCAUGGGUAUGCAGUAUGAGUCGACCAACUCAAAAUAUCCUGUCCUUGAAGCCGAAAUGCGCCGAAGAUUAUGGUGGUCAUUUGUAAUGUUUGACGCUCGAAUCAGUGAGCUGUCGGACUAUAGAACCACCAUACUGGCCCCAACUUGGGACUGCAAGAUCCCUCUCAACGUGAAUGAUUAUGACCUUCGCCCAGAGAUGAAGGAACCACCGCCGGUACAGGGCAAAGUCACCGAGGGUAUCUUCACCCUUUUGCGCUGCGAAAUAGGGGAGUUCGUUCGCCACAGCUCCUUCCAUCUGGACUUUACCAAUCCAUCUCUAAAGGCUGUUGCCAAAGAGCUUCCUGGCGGAGGGAACUUUGAUGCUUUAGAGAAAAUAAUCGAGAAAGGCUAUCUUGACCACUGCGAUUCGCACAAUCCACUUCAUUUCAUGACAAUCUGGAUGAUGAGAUGCACUCUCUCAAAAUAUCGACUUCUACAACACUAUUCACGGUGUUGCUCUGGGCCUCAGACAAAGAGACAGAAUGAUACAGCAAUGCUAUACGCGUUCAGAGUGCUUGAGAGCGAUACGAGAAUCAUUAGUUCGCCUUUAACCAAAGGUUACCGAUGGCUUCUUCUAUCGUACUUCCCUCUUCCGGCCUAUAUUCACAUUGUCCAAGAGUUGAUCAAACAGCCUACUCGUCCGGAAGCCAAACAAGCUUGGGAGGUUAUGAGCGAUAAUUACGAGGUGCGAUUUACCGCUGCUAGUCUUCUCGGCAGUAAAAUUUUCAAAACCUUCGCCAAGAUUAUUCUCCAGGCCUGGGAGGCUCUUGAAAAGGCUUGGAAAGAUUUUGAACCCGCGAGACGAGAGUCAUUGGUUCCUCCGAGAAUCGUGGUGAAUCUGAGAGAGAGAAUGGCCGAGACGGCACAGACCGAAGAAAACAGUAACAUGGAGCAGCUAUUCGGCCAAUUUACCAAUAUCGAUGUCACCGACUUGCUCAUGCCAGUCCCGAUGGGAUUUGGUGCCUCGAAUUCGGUCUAUCCGAUGACCGGGCCACAGACCUAUUCAGGGGCCGGCAAUGGGCCGUUGCCCACAUCCAACGCUCCGGGGCAAUCUUCAUCUCUAUCCGCAGCUGAACAGGAAAUGCAUCAGACUUGGGCAUCGAUGUGGGGCUUCCGUGAACGUCAUGCGUGGUAA